AUGAUAUCAAAUUAAAAUAAUUAAUAGAUUUCCUAAUACACAUUCAAUGGAAUAAUGAUUGGAUUCUUUGUACAAUAUUAAAUAACAAUGAAGAUUUAAUUGUGUCAGGAAAUAUUGAAUAAACAAUAAAAUUUGGAUGAAAAAGAAAGAAUGGUCGUGUUAGUAAAAACUAAAAAUCUUUCUGAUUAUGAUAUGGUUUAAAUUUUAAUUAAUAAUAAAACAGAGUUGUAUCAUGUUGUGCUAAUGAAAAAUAUUUAUUUUAGAACAAUAAGAAGAGAAUAAAGAUUAGAUUGUAAUAUAAAAGAUUACGGUCGAACAAGAUAAAUCAAUAGCUUACAAAGACAAGAUAUACUCAUCUAAAAUGUGGAUCAGAUUAAUUGUUUAUUUCAAUAAUCAUAAAAUGCAUCCUAUUGA